AUGCCCAAAACCAUUCUCCUCACCGGCGCCCCCCCACGCCGCCCUAGACUGGCCCUCGUCGGCGACGACACCCGCUCCGCCUUCCGCCUCACCCUCUGGCUCGGCCCCUGUCCGUCCCCGCCGCCCCCGGAUACCGCCGCUUUUCUCGCCCACUCCGCCCCGCGCUCCCUCUCCCUCCUCGCCCGCGACGCCGCCGCCCUCCGCCCCGGCGACGUCAUUCUCGCCCACAACGUCGCCGUCGCUACUUUUCGCGGGCGUGUUUACGCUCAGAGCGUGGCCGCCGGGGUCGGUACGAGAAUUCGCCUCUUGUAUAGAGAAGAAGAGGACGACGAUGACGACGACGACGACGACGAAGAGGAAGAAGGCGGGAGGGGAGAGGCUCAGCAGCGGGGAAGAUGUCGAGUGGGGCAUUACUCGUGGCAAGACAUGGUGGUAGCCGGUCCGGUGCAUGCCCAACUCGGGAAGACGAGGAGGGUGCGGCGGUGGCUUGAGAUCUCAUCGGCCGCAAGCCCGAGGAUGGCUCUGAAGACGACUCAGAUGACGAGUUCCCAGACGAUACACUAG